UCACAUUUCCUGAUUUCCGCGCUGGGUCGGAAGCUGUUUACGGAAAGCACUCGAACGCAGCACGACUGUUUUCAGUGUUCCAGCGGCUGAGAGGAGUCGAAGUCGUCGAUGUAAAUUGUCGUUUUUAAGGACACAAUCUACUCAUUAAGCUACUCAGAAAAUGCAGACCAUCAAAUGUGUGGUGGUGGGCGACGGCGCCGUGGGGAAGACGUGCCUCCUCAUCUCCUACACCACCAACAAGUUCCCGUCGGAAUACGUCCCCACGGUGUUCGACAACUACGCCGUGACGGUGAUGAUCGGCGGCGAGCCGUACACUUUGGGACUCUUCGACACUGCGGGCCAGGAGGACUACGACAGGCUGCGACCGCUCAGCUACCCUCAAACCGACGUCUUCCUCGUCUGCUUCUCCGUGGUGUCGCCUUCUUCCUUUGAGAACGUCCGCGAGAAGUGGGUGCCGGAGAUCUCCCACCACUGCCCGCGGACGCCGUUCCUGCUGGUGGGGACUCAAGUGGACCUGAGGGACGACGGCACCACCCUGGAGAAGCUGGCCAAGAACAAGCAGCGAGCGCUGACCGUCGAGAUGGGCGACAAACUGUCGCGGGAGCUCAAGUCCGUCAAAUACGUCGAGUGUUCGGCGCUCACGCAGAGAGGCCUGAAGAACGUGUUCGACGAGGCCAUCCUGGCGGCCCUGGAGCCUCCCGAGGUGAAACCCAAGCGGCGCUGCGUCCUGCUCUAAGACGCCGCUCGGCCCGGGCGGAGGCGGCCAGGUGAACGUGGGUGGGGGUGGCGGGUUCUCGGGGGGGGUUCUUUGAAUGGACGCGACACACGAGGAGGCGGCUUUGUUGUUGCCAACUGGGAAAACAUUUGAAGGAAACCUUUGAGGUCAUGGAGACUUGCCUCAAAAAACUAAAACCACACUUAACACUUUGCAAAGUCACUCAUCUUGCCGUCUUUUGGCUUUUGUUCACCUUUUCAACUCCAGAAUCUUCCGUGGUUCCAACGUGAUUGUGAUGUGAACGCAAACAAAAUUUGGAUCAAAGCUUUUAAGAGAAAACUUUCAGUGCACUUUACUGAAUAACCUAUCAUUAUGUUUUAAAUCUGUGUUUCCCAACCUUUAUUGAGCCAAGGCACAUUAAAAACAAAACAAAAAAUCACGGCACACCACCAAGCAUUGUUUUGCCUGUCACUAUAUGUCACUGGCUUACAUAAAGGACCAAACAUACAUUAUUUGAAACAAAUAAAUAUUUGGGAGCAAUUAAGCGAAAAUCUGGUUAGUUGUUCACAGCGCAGUAGUUGGGGAUCACGUCGCAAAAUCAGCAUGCUAUCCACAAAAAGAUGAAUUUUCUUUUGCCGUGUCUACAUGAACAUUGUGUGUGUGGACGACUUUUGUGUCGUGCAGUGGUUCUCAAACUGGGGUCUCCGGACACCUGGAGGUCCAUGUGCCGUAUCUUGGGGGACAGCAAAAUAAUUAGCGAUAAUCUAUGUAUAUUGGGUUUAGUUUGAAUGCAAAUAUAUAUAAUAUAUGUCAUAGCCUUAAAAAAAGUGUAAACCAAUGAUGCUUCACUACUUGAGCUUUGGGCCAAUUAAAAGCUCAGCCUUAAUUGUGACAUAGAAAUCUGACUUCCCCAAAUGAAUUUAUUUAUUUUAUUUUAUUUUUUAAGAACAAAAGAUGUACUUUUACAGCAGUAAAGUUGUAUUUUUUUCAACAAUAAACAAUAGUAUAUUGUAUCGUCCCUACCAAGAAAAAAGGCCUAGCAUUACGAGAAUAAAGUUGUAUUUUUGAAAUUCACUUUCUUCCCUCGUUAAACUUUGACUUAAAUGCAUAACAUAGCAUUACGAUUGUAUCUAUAAAAAUACAACUAUAUUUCUGUAAGAUUAGGACUUUUAACACUGACAAAAUCAGUCUUUUUUUUCUUCUUCUUGUACACAGAUGUUAUUUUCUUAAGGCUUUUUUGUCUUAUAAUAUUACAACUUUUUCUUUAAAAACAAAAUCUGAAUUUGUUAUUGUAAUGUUACUUGUUUUGUGUAAUACAAUAACCUUUUAUCGAUUAUAGGCAUUUUUUCUAUUCCCAUGGCAUUUAGGGGUACACAUGGUAGUUGUGCAACUUGUGUUGAGUUCGUAUUAGGAUUAUGAGGACCCCAAAAAGUUGAGAACCCCUGACAUCAUCAUGUCCCUUUUUGUUUUUCUUGAGUUUGAGCGCUUUGGUGGCAGGAUUAGACAGGAGGAGCGUUCCUCAUUGAAAACUUGACAAGACCACACAGUUACAGGUCAUCGCACACCUGAAAUAUUUAGCCUAAAAUUAGCUUGACAGUCCCAAAAAGUCAAUCCUUGGCCAUUUAGGCAAUUGCUUAAAAAUGUGUGAUAUAGGUGGGUGGGGGGGGGGCAGGGGGCGCAAAAGACAAAGUGCAAUUUAUCGGGGGUUCACUGUUCUCAUCCCUAGUGCAAUACCAUUUAAAUACCUAGUGAGGAGGAGCUAAACUUGAGCCAGUAGACCUUUUGAAUCAUGGGUGCUGUAGUAAAUAAAUUGUAUUAACGUACAAUACAUACAGAUAUGUAUUUUUUUUUUGUCAUACAAUGACAGAAAUUUGAUCAGUUUCUCAGAUUGGAAUUGUUUUUGUUUUUGUUUUUUUAAGCCGGUUAGAAGUGUUCUUGUAAUUCAGAAUAUAUCUCUUGUGUUGAUUAUUCUCUUUUGACUGUGACCGUUAUGUGCCAACUUGGACGCAAACAAGCUUCUUCAACAGUGUUUCAGCUCCUGGAAAAUAAAUUAGAAAAAAAACACUUGA